AAAUUGUCCAAGUGUGCGACACUGUACGUGCAUCAAUUCGGAUUCUGAUUGUGGAUUGUUUUUUCUUUGUAACCAUACAAAUUUAUGUCGUUUUCUUUCACUUGACACUCAGAUUCUCUCAAUGCUAUGCUCUUUCAUUAUGUGGGUCGUGUCAAACUUCAACUUCGUCUUGUUUCCCCUGUUUUUCUCUUAGUAAGGUUCCUCCGAAGUUUCGCUUUUUGGUCGGAUUUGGUGUCGCGGCGUGACUUUGAGGCAGAUGGGUCAAAUGGGUUUCUCCCAAGUUCCUCUAUUUCCCUGAACUUUGUUUUGUUUUUCUUCUUCGGUGUGUCUCACCAAACGUACCAAGGAGAGCAUAGAGAGUGUUUGUUAUUGUUGAUGGAUACUAACUCAACGAAGGAUGCUAAUGGUUGUUGUGUUAACAAGCCUUUGGCUCUGACUGUGACUAUGACUGUGGCUUCUUUAGAUGGUAGAAAGGUUGGGGAUCAUAGCCAUAGAGUAGAUGAUAGUGAUUCCAAUUCUUUGUUGCCACUGCCAAGAGGAGGAAUGUCACAGAAGUCAGAUAAGAAAUAUAGGAAAAGGAAAGUGCAGUGGAACGAUAGGAUAGGAAACAAGCUUGUUGAGGUGUUGGAAUACGAGCCAAGUGAUGUUAGUGACUCAGACUCAGAGGAUGAAGAUGACAAUUCUUGUAUGUGUUCAAUAAUGUAGAGAUCAUCUUGAUAAGCCAUAUCAAACUUUCUGCUGGACUAAUCGUGGAAGCAUCCUUGUGGGAUGUGCAUGCUGAGCUGGAAAUGGAUAUGAUGAUUUGGGGCCAACUCUCAAAUAACCAAGAUAAGCAGCUCCUUGUGUUUGCCAAUAUUUGGUUCCAGUUAAUCUUCAUGUGAGUUUAGAUUGCUGGGGAAUUGAACCCACAAUGAUUUUUAGAAGUAACAAAUAGAUAAAAUAUGGUGAGUUCAACACAAAACCAACUAUUUGUAGCUUCCAAAAAUCUUGUUGAGUUUAACUCAUCACCAAUCCAAACACAUACUGGAUUUUUUGACAUGAUUUCUUUGGUGGACUCUUGUGAGUUCUCAAUGCAGAUCAAGGUACACAGAUUGCUUCCAACAAUAUGAUUUGGGAAGUGUUGAUAGCAGAUUAGCAGCACUGCUUCCAUGUAUCUUAACUUAAUAAGCAUUUUCAUGCUUGCUCACUUACACUGUUUAAAGAAUUAUGCACUCAGUUGCUUUGAUAAUUUUUCAAAUUAAAGGGGAUACCUCCCUAUCUUUUCCUUUUAUUUUCCCAAUUACUAAUGAUGUGGAAUAAAUUUUCAUGAUUGUAGUAUUUA